AUGGCCAAGGGAACGAAAGCCAAAAGAAAGACUAAAAGUAAGAAGAUCACCUUGAAAAUGGCCCAGAACUGCGUGGAGCUGACAUUGGAUGGUAAACGCCGACUGGAUCUCAAUUUCAAGGGGAUUACAGCUGUUCCAAAAUGCGUCCAGAAGCUCUUUCACAUGGAUGAAGUGGACCUGAGCAGAAAUAUGAUCAGAAAAAUUCCAGAUUUUAUUGCUCAGUUCAUCAAAAUGAUUGUUUUGGAUUUGCACAGCAAUUAUCUGGAGGAGCUCCCCAUGGCUAUCGGCUACCUGCAGAACCUUAAGGUUUUAAACCUGUGCAACAACCGUCUCACAAGCCUCCCAAGCGAGCUCGGCCUCCUGAAUAAACUCCAAACACUGAACCUGGGUCUCAACCAGCUGGAAGCUCUUCCUGCCUCCAUUGGUGCACUGGAGGAGCUCCGCCACAUCGGCCUUUCUGAUAACAGAUUCACCCGCCUCCCCGGCUGCCUCUUGAAGCUGAAAAAACUGGAGAGUAUCAAGAUGGACAGGAAUCCAAUUAUUGCUGACAAGACACCCACUGAGAAACCAGUCAGUAUUUCAGAGAGUUUUUACCUAGUCAAAGAAAGCUUCCUGUGCAAAGAGUGUCUGAAUAGGUGCCAAGCUGAGAGGAAGGAGCUGAGGGAGGAAUAA